CUAUUUUUGCGGUGGAUUUUUGUCUUUGAUUUGAAGAUCUCCGACUCGCAAUCCUGUUAUUGACUCCCUGCAAAAGAUGGUGAGCGAAGAGCUCGCUGAGAUCGAGGGCCAGAUUCAAGAUAUAUUUCGAGCUCUAUCGAAUGGAUUUCAAAAAUUGGAGAAAAUUAAGGACUCCACCCGGCGAAGCCGGCAGCUGGAGGAGCUUACCGAUAAGAUGCGCGAAUGUAAGAGAUUGAUCAACUUUUGGGUUUUUCAACUGUACAAAAAUGACCCUAGCACAAACAAGAUGCUUAAUGAGAAAAAGCAGUCAAUGAUCAAAGAGUUGAACUCAUAUGUCGCUCUCAAGAAACAGUAUUCAAGUAGUCUUGAAAAUAAGCGAGUGGAUCUUUUCGAGGGCCCGGGUGAAGGGUAUGCAGAAGAUAAUGUCUUGCUUGCUUCAAAUAUGACAAAUCAGCAGCUUAUGGAUCAUGGAAAUAAUAUGAUGGAUGAGACUGAUCAAGCAAUUGACAGAGCUCAAAAGGUUGUUCAUGAGACCAUUAAUGUGGGGACAGAGACAUCUGCCGCACUCAAAGCUCAGACUGAACAGAUGAGCAGAAUCGUGAAUGAACUGGACUCCAUCCAUUUUUCAAUUAAGAAGGCCUCUAAGCUAGUAAAGGAAAUUGGUAGGCAGGUUGCAACUGAUCGGUGUAUCAUGGCUCUCCUUUUCCUUAUUGUUGUUGGUGUCAUAGCAGUCAUUAUAGUGAAGAUUGUGAACCCAAAUAACAAAGAUAUUCGAGAUAUACCAGGAUUAGCUCCUCCUGUACCUGCUCGGAGACUUCUAUGGAUUUCUGAUUGAUGAAUGCAGAAUCUCGUGGUUACCAAAUAUCGACUAUCUGGAGUUUGAAUGGAUGAAAUUUGAUUGGCUAGGUAGCCGAGGGGUCGAGUUCAUCAAAGUCAGGGCUGGACAGAUAUAUCAAUUGAUAUAAGCGUGAUCUUCUUCUAUCCACCAAUCACAUAUUUUUUAGGAGGCAGCUUCCAUAAUUUCCAACAACAUAUUUAUACCUUGUAUCUUCUCAAAGAGUUGAUUCUUUUACAUUUGGAUGAGAAAUCUUCGGUGUAUAUGCGGCUGGCAUUCCUUAAUCUUUAUAUAUGCAUUUGUUCAUGUGUUUUGUUA